AAUUCCUCCUCGAAUUUGACGCGAUUUUCUUUUCAGAAAAGGAAAAUCCUUUUUCCGCAUGCCAUAAAUAUUCAACGCGAUUCAAAUUUUAAAGCUUCGAGAAAACAGAGGAACAACAACAACAAAAGAGAAUAUAACGCGCUUUUUAGUUCGCUGUUGACUGAAAAACUCCGUUCAUUUCUUCGAUCCGAUCGUUAUUCUCAGACGAAGUUCAAAUUUUCCGACGUCUACUUUGCAGGAUAAUGGUGUUUACUCCAAUUAGCACUGCUUUGGAUUUGUGAAGGUUUUUUUUAUGAGGAACACCGAUUUGUAGAAAUGUCUGAAGCGGAGUGCCUUUUGUUAAACCAAAUGAGGAUGCCAGAGAUUCAGUUGGGUGCUCAUACUGUAAGGUCUCAUGGGGUUAAAGUUGCAAGGACUCACAUGCAUGACUGGAUCAUUCUUUUGCUUCUCAUUGUGAUAGAGGUCAUUUUAAAUGUUAUAGAACCAUUUCACCGCUUUGUCGGAGUGGAUAUGAUGACUGAUCUGAAAUACCCAAUGAAAGACAAUACCGUUCCCUUUUGGGCCGUCCCUAUGCUUGCGAUAAUGCUUCCACUUUUUGUCAUUCUUGUAUACUAUUUCAUCAGAAAGGAUGUUUAUGAUCUACACCACGCCAUACUGGGCCUUCUGUUUUCUGUGCUUAUCACCGGUGUUAUAACUGAUGCUAUUAAAGAUGCUGUUGGUCGGCCUCGUCCAGACUUCUUUUGGCGUUGUUUCCCUGAUGGAAAAAGGGUUUUUGACCCUGUGACAAAGGACGUUAUGUGUACUGGAAUAAAGAGUGUCAUCAAGGAAGGACACAAAAGUUUUCCCAGUGGUCAUACUUCAUGGUCAUUUGCAGGUCUUGGAUUUCUUGCACUAUACUUGUCUGGAAAAAUCCGGGUAUUUGAUCGCCAGGGCCAUGUGGCAAAGCUAUGCAUCGUCUUCUUACCAUUACUCAUUGCUGCUUUAGUGGGAAUUUCUCGAGUUGAUGACUAUUGGCAUCACUGGCAAGAUGUUUUUGCUGGGGGUCUUCUAGGGCUAACAGUUUCAUCAUUUUGUUACUUGCAAUUCUUUCCGGCACCAUAUGAAGUAGAUGGGUGGGGGCCUCAUGCAUAUUUCCAGAUGUUAGCAGAGUCUCGAAAUGUGAAUCCAUCCAACGGCUCAAAUGUACAACAAGCCGAACUCGAGAGUGGAUAUGUGGAUUCACAGCAUUGCAGGGAGUUAUCGAGAGUGAAUACACAUGACUCAAGCCCUAUUCUUGAAGGAACGAACGGUAGGAUGGGAUAUUGAGAGUAUUGAAUGUUAAGAGUGUACAUACAAUCAUCAGAUGUCCAUAGCGUUUGAGACUAAGUACAACUAUUUUGGGGUUACACGUGGUUUUACUUAGAUAUUGAAAUAUGGAUCUGAGAUUAUAUUAGAAUUUGAUAUUUGUUAAUUCAUUUUCAUGAUUAUGUUGAUCUCACAAAUCUUGUGAUAUUUGUUAAUUCAUUUUCAUGAUAGCGUUGGGAUUUUGCUUGUAUUUAUAGUCUUGCCUCUUUGAAAGAUCAUAAUUUUAUACUUA